UCAGACUACAUGUGGAGACGAAGUCUGGGUAGGUGUUGAAGGAGCAAUUGAGAAGAGAUCCAGCAGAUCUUUUAAUGGCUACCAAGAUCUUACUCAUCCUUGUCUUUAUUUUCGAUCUUAUAGCUUUUGGUUUGGCCGUCGCUGCUGAGCAGAGAAGAAGCACCCUCUGACAUUGCAACUGGUUAUGGUGUUGGUGCAUUUGUAUUACUGAUGACAAGCCAAGUGAUUAUAAUGGCUGCAAGCAGAUGCUUCUGCUGUGGGAAUCCAUUGAAACCCGGAGGCUCGAGGGCUUGUGCUCUUCUUCUUUUCAUCUUCUGUUGGGUUACAUUUCUGAUUGCUGAGGCUUGCCUGCUUGCUGGUUCAGUGAGGAAUGCUUACCACACCAAGUACAGGAGAUUCUUCUUCGAUAAUGAGCCCUCUUGCGAGACUGUGAGGAAGGGAGUUUUCGCUGCUGGAGCGGCGUUGACUUUGUUCACUGCCAUCGUCUCUGAAUUUUACUAUGUUAGCUAUUUGAAGUCGAGGGGAGGUCGCGGAGGAGACGCUGCAAUCGGCAUGGCAGCCUUUAAGUGAGCUGACCUGAAUUGGUGGAUCACAUAUUGUGGAAUACUUUUUUAUGCAUCUCUUUAUUUUAGUUUAGUUUAGUUGUGCUACAUAUAUGCAUGCAACAUUGCUGUUGUUUGGUUUUGUUCUGUUCUGUUCUGUUCAUACGUGAAUAGUGUUUUUCUUCUUA